CAGCGUUGAUAGUUUGGGUAGCUCUUUCGUCAGUAGAAAGUUUACUAUUAGUGAAAUAGAUAGUAACAAGGCAAGUAAUGAAGAUAGAAAGAGUAUAGACUGUACGAAUUCGCGCGGUUUUUUAUUGGAAAGAAAGCAAAUAACUGCGAAUAAUUUUAAGAGUUGUAUUAGUCACAAUUACAAACACGACCCUAAAGAACAUCCCUUGAGUAAUAUUAAUAAGGUGGUGGGCAAAGCAGCUGAGAGUUGUGCAAGGUUGUUAUUUAAAGAUUUAACUAAUCAACUAAAAACUAUCAAUGUCGAACAACAUUUUGACCUUGAAGAAAACUUUAUUAACUGGAUUCAGUGUGAAAGUUGCAAAAAGUGGAGAGUCGUUCCCCUGGCGCAGUUCUUUCAAUUACAAGAUUCUUCCUUUGUGUGCUCUGAAAAUACUUGGGACCGUUUUAAAUCUUGCCAUAUAGGAGAGCAAAAACAUUUUUCUGACAUAAAGACCACCCUCCCAAUUUCUUUGUAUGAAAAAGGUCGUCUAGAAAAUGUUAUUAAGAAUAAUCAAUUUUUGAAAGUUUUGGGAUUCGACAAGGCUCUAAGUCUUAUAAAAUGUCCCAGUAUUGAAAAGCAUGUUAAAACCGUGCCCGUCAAAAAACGGAUGUUUGACAAAAGUUUAUUUGUUCGCAGAUCAGUUAGACCACAGACUCAGAGAAAAUUUUAUUCUGUUAUUGAUAUGUAUUCCGACAAGGAGCUAAAAAGAGUUAACUUGAGGCCUAUUAUCGUAAUUAGCCCAGCUGAGGGAACAAAGUUAGUUAAGGGGAAGAAGACUACGAUAGAAUGGGAGGGGGACUACAUAUUAGGCGCAACUGAUCUGUAUCUAGCGCUGAUUAAAGACGAGCCCUCCUGCGACUGGAUAUAUAUUGUUGCUCAAAAUGUUCAAUGCUCGCACCCCUCCACAGAAGGACGCUAUGAACUAGAAUGGGAAGUGCCUAUGGAUCUGGUGGUAGGCGAAAAUUAUUACUUGGAAAUAGCUUCGUGUGAGAAAAGAACAGUGGGACGAAGUGAGUAUCUCGUCAUAUUGAAUCCGUAUGGCUGUAUUAUUGAAGAGGAUGUAGGCGUGUGGUGCAAGUGUGGAGCCGCCACCUCGGAUAUGAACUACAAAGGCAUGUGGGUCAUAUGCACGCUAUGUAAGGCAUGGCAGCACGGUCUCUGUUAUGAUCUUACGGCGGACACUAAGAUCACUGAAAACUUUCACUGUUGCUUUUGUCAAAUGGGGUUAAACCAAGUCAUCCUGGCGUCUCGUUUUUUAGAAAUGCUAACUAAGACGACGACUUAUCGACGCCUUUUAAAAAACUCCUUCUGCUCUACACCGGACCACGUUGGAAAGUUUUUGGCGACUCUAAUACGUGAUAGCGACAGGUGCGUUGUUGAUUUAGGUGCCGGGACAGGAGCUUUCACCCGGUAUAUCACACAGCACGUUUGCUGCAUAGAAGACAAUACGGAGCGUUUUAACGUAGGUAGUUGGCAGUGCAAAACGGCUAUAAUUAGGCUGCUCUUAAGCACAAGUACAGGAAAAAAGGCCCAAGAAAACAGGACAUGGGUGCAAGCGGACAUUCUUAGCAAGCAUUUCUUGAAUGAGAUAGUGCAAAAGCCCAGUGAGAGAUACGAUGUUGUAUGCUCCAAUCCGGACUUUGAAGUUGCCCUGCAGUUUAUCUAUGUGGGACUGUUUUUACUUCAGUGUGGAAACGAAAACGCAAGGCUCAUAUUCCUUCUCCCAUCCGACUACUUUGAGGGCAGUUCAGCAAGAAUAAGAGCAUACAAGCUCCUCGAUAUGCACAUUGAAAAAGAAUACAGAAUAGGCAGACUUGGAUAUUUUCAACAUAACAGAGACUUGCACAAAGCAACUUCCGACUCUAUCUUUGUUUUAAAGCCAGGGCGUACAGGAAAAUUCGCUUACCACGUGGUAAACGCCAGACUGGCCGGCAUGUUAUGACAGUCUAGUACCGGGCA